AUGAUAUCGAUCGUUUGUAUAUGCUACUUCUUCCAUGAGACUCAAGCGGCAUCGGUUAUAGGAACAUUGCGGACCCUUCAUGUGCCGUUCAAGCCAACAUCCGCAAAGGUAGAACCUCUGGGUCCGCGAGACCUCUUGACAAGAGGAAAACAGAUCCAUCGACUUCUGUUAACUUACAAAAUACAUAUUUCAAAAUCGUGUGAAAUUCGUCUUGAUUUGCCUAGUGUAACCUCGUACCUGUAUGAGUCUCCUUAUGAUUGCAUACUUGUACAGUUGUUUUCGUCAACCAAAGAAUAUAUUGGUGCUUCAAGCAGUUAUCCAGAAAGGUACUCAUUCAAAUUAGAAAAGGGGGAAUAUGUCGUACAGGCGGAGGUUCGUCACCCUGACACUAGUCAACUCGAGCUUCUAACAGAUACACCAUUACAUGUUCGUGUUCUCAUAACGCCGACUUUAUCUAUUGACCUCAGCUCUGCACCUCUCGGUGGAGAAAACGUCCUUCUCCAGCAGAUCACUUUAUACGCUGGCAGCAUUCCUGACGACAAGUUGCCCAAGACAAUAAAUAUCGUGAGCGGAUCGUAUAUGACGGGAAGCUUAGUCGUUAUGAGCAAUAGUGGAAGCAAAGCGGUCGACAAGACUGCAGUCACUUACAUGUUUACCGAAUAUAGUAGCCGUCCAAGUAAAGCUCUUUCGAUGGUGACAUUAAAGGAGAAGAAAACUCAUAAUGAAGAGGAAGAAAUGAAUGGUUAG